GGAGGAGGAGGAGGGUACCGAGGAGGAGAGCGUCGAUGACAUCAACGAGCGCAAGAGUCUCCCGAGGCUUCUGGAAAUGGAGGAUUCUGCCUGAUCACGGAACAUGAUGCUCGACUUCAGCCGCAGCUUCGCGCAGGGAUACCGGCUCAGACCGCUGAGGAUUAUGAAAACCAGGACAUGAAGCUCAAACACAUCUAGAAAAAAAGAGAAACGAGUGCGUGUGUCUGGAGUCAGUCGUCGAGGGUCAUGGCUGUCUGGGGCAGGGGUCCUCUCCGCUCCUCGCUGCUGCUGCUCGUCUUCAUCUUCCUGCAGAUCUCCUGUGAAGCCUUGUUGGCGCCGAGGUUCACUAAGAUUCCCAUGGAUCAGAUCGGCGUGUCCGGCGGAGUCGUGUCGUUCGUGUGUCAGGCCGCAGGCGACCCCAAGCCUCAGGUGUUCUGGAACAAAAAGGGCAAGAAAGUGAAUUCACAGAGGAUCGAGACCGUAGAGUUUGAUGAAGGGGCGGGAGCAGUGCUGCGUAUCCAGCCACUCAGAGCGCCGCGGGACGAAAACGUUUACGAAUGUGUCGCCAAAAACACUGAAGGUGAAGUCGCCGUGACCUCCAAACUGUCCAUCAUCAGAGAGGACCUGCUGCCCUUCGGCUUCCCCAGCAUCGACAUGGGCCCGCAGCUGAAGGUGGUGGAGCGAACAAGGACCGCGACCAUGCUGUGUGCCGCCAGCGGGAUUCCCGAUCCAGAGAUCUCCUGGUUCAAGGACUUUCUGCCCGUGGAGCCGGCGCUCAGCCAAGGACGAAUCAAGCAGCUGCGAUCAGGAGUCUUUGGUGCGCUGCAGAUCGAGCGCAGCGAGGAGACCUUCUUUCACCAGAACGUUCAUUUUCUGUCAUUGUUACCUGGUCCUCCUCUGUUUCCUUGUGUUUGUGCUCCAGUUCGGCGCGUUCCCCCUCGCUUCACCAUCCCUCCCGUGAGCCACGAGAUCAUGCCAGGCGGCAGCGUGAACAUCACCUGCGUCGCGGUCGGCUCUCCGAUGCCCUACGUGAAGUGGAUGCUGAAUUCUGAGGACCUGACGCCGGAGGAAGAGAUGCCCGUGGGACGAAACGUUCUGGAGCUGAACGGCGUGCGCGAGUCGGCCAACUACACCUGCGUCGCCAUGAGCAGCCUGGGAAUCAUUGAGUCCGUGGCACAAGUUAUUGUUAAGUCUUUGCCCAGAGCUCCUGGCACCCCCGUCGUCACGGAGACGACCCCCACCAGCGUCACCAUCACCUGGGACUCUGGUAACCCCGACCCUGUUUCCCAUUACAUCAUCCAGUACCGUGCCAAAUCCCCAGACAGCAAGUACGAGACGGUGGACUCCAUCACCACCACCCGCUACAGCAUCGGCGGCCUGUACCCCAACACCGAGUACGAGAUCCGCGUGUCCGCCGUCAACACCAUCGGCCAGGGGACACCCAGCAACAAAGUGGAAGCUCGGACCGGAGAGCAAGCGCCCGCCAGCCCGCCGCGGAACAUCCAGGCGCGCAUCUUAUCACAGAACGCAGUGAUGGUGCGCUGGGACGAGCCAGAGGAGCCCAACGGCUUGAUCAAGGGCUAUCGAGUUUAUUACACCAUGGACCCUUCGCAGCCGAUGAGCAACUGGCAGAUCCACAAUGUUCAGGACAGCAUGAUAACGACUAUCCACAGCCUCGUGCCGUCCGAGACGUACACCAUCCGUGUGCUGGCGUUCACGUCCGUGGGAGAUGGGCCCUUCUCUGACCCCGUCCACGUCAAAGUCAGACCUGGAGUUCCUGGGCAGCCAGGGAAGUUCCAGGUGGGUAAAGUGACCGACACCAGCGUCGAGUUAACCUGGGAACCUGCUUACUCCAAAGAGCCCGUGAAAGCCUACGAACUCAUCUACAAAGCUCCAGAGCUCGGCAUUCAGGAGAAGAGGAAUUUUGAGCCCAGAACCUCGUAUGUGGUGGAGGGUCUGCGCGCCAACACCGAGUACAGCUUCUCUCUGGCUGCCGUUUCCAACAAAGGUAUCGGCGCGUUCACCAACGAGGUCAACCAACGCACGGCGCAAGCAAAGCCCUCGGUUCCUCCGCGUGAGCUCCGCUGCUCCGCCGCCGGCUCCACCUCGCUGGGGGUAAGUUGGGCUCCGGCCGCGGAGGACCAGCAGACCGCGGCGCUGCUGGGGUACGAGGUGCGUUAUGGGGUCAGCGGCGGUGACGCCGGCGAGUUUGACUCACGGCUGACGCUGUGUCUGGAGCCGGACUCGGGACAGAUGCUCCUGACGGGCCUGCGGCGCUGGAGUCGGUACCGCAUCACAGUGGCGGCGAUCACGGAGCAGGGCAGCGGACCGGAGAGCACGGCUGUAGAAUGCAGAACAGAUGAAGAUGUGCCCGGAGCUCCGCCCCGUCAGGUGGAAGUCCAGCCCAUCAACAGCUCGUCUGUUAAAGUGUCGUGGUGCUCCGUGUUGCCAGGGCAACGGAACGGGCAGAUCCGCGGUUACCAGGUUCACUAUGCGCGCGUGGAGCACGGGGAGUCGCUAGGCCUGCCGCGCAUCAAAGACAUGAUGCUGGACGAUGAGCAGAGGGACACGGAUGAGACGGCGCAAUACGAGCUGAUGCUGGAGGAUCUGCAGCCUGAGACGCUGUACUCCAUCGGUGUGGCGGCUUACACCAUUAAAGGUGACGGAGCCCAAAGCGUCGCUCAUCUGGUGCAGACGCCCGUCGCAUUACCUGCUCGUCCCGUUCUGUCCGUGCAGCUGGUUAAUGAGACGUCCGCUGCGCUGAUCUGGACUCACCAACAAUCCUCCGACCCUCUGCUGGAGAUCCUGGGCUUUCGUCUGACCUACGACCUUAAAAACAACUCUCAGUCUGUCUCUCUGGAUUUCAGACCUGAGGAGCGUCAACACAACGUGACCGGCCUGCGUCCUGGAGGUGUUUACUCAUUCCUCCUGGCCGCUAGAGGGCGCUCUGGUUACAGCGAAGAGGCUCAGGAGCAGCUUUCGGUGCCUGAGUUUCCUCCGAAAGGUUUUCCACAGCUGUUGGAGCACGUCAACGCCACCUGCUGCUCGCUGCAGCUCACCUGGCUUCCGCCGAAUGACUCGGAACGGAACGCCGGUUUUACCGGAUACACCCUCACGUAUGAGGAAGCAGGUGGUGGCAUUGAACCACGCACGCUGAUGGUGCCGGCAGAUGCAUCCAGCUACACCAUUCACGGGCUGAAUCCUGACCGGGCGUACGCUGUGAGGAUAUCAGCUCAUAACGGUGCCGGGUCAGGUCCGUAUAGCCCACAGGUGCUGUACCGAACCACGGCCUUCGACACAGACGUGCCGAGGAAUUUCUCUGUGAAUCUGGCGACGAAGACGAGUGUGUUGCUGACGUGGGAGUUUCCGGAGAGCAGCGCCCCCUAUCGCUUCACUGUGGAGUACAACCGGCAGAAGAUGGAGGUGGACGCGCGUCUGAGGAAGGCUGUGAUCCCAAACCUGCAGCCGGACACCAGCUACGACUUCAAGAUCACCAGCCCUGAGGGGAACAUGGGCGGCCUCAGACACCGCAUUCACGCCAAGACAUCUCCUCCCAUCCUCAUCCGCCGGCCCGAGGUGGACCACACGCGAGAGACCGAAGCCACGGUCACCAUCAUACUGCCCUCGCUGGACACCAGGAGCAGCGUCAGGAACAUCUAUGUGGUGGUGGUUCCUCUGAAGAGAGCCAGAGGAGUGAUCCGGCAUCUGAAGAGCCCAGACGAGAUGGACCUGGAGGAGCUGUUGAAGGACAUCAGUCAGAAGCAGCGAGACCCGCGGCAGCGUCAGGUGGACCUGCGGAGGGCGUACAUCACCGCCCGCUUCACACCCGCCACCCUGCCUGCAUUCUUCACACUCGGAGACCAGCUGGACUACGGAGGCUUCGAGAACCGCGCAUUAGAAGCGGGUCAGGAGUACGUGUUCUUCAUCCUGGCAGAGCUCAACUCCACCACUGGGAAGAUGUUUGUGGCCAGUCCUUACACUGACCCCGUGAUCGCGCCGGACUCGGACCCUCAGCCUCUGGACGCGGGUGACGGUCUCAUCUGGGUGGUGGGACCCGUGCUGGCUGUGGUCUUCAUCAUCUGCAUCGUCAUCGCCAUCCUGCUCUACAAGAAUAAACCCGACAGCAAACGCAAGGACUCUGAGCCGGGCACCAAAUGUUUGCUGAACAAUGCUGAGAUGAUGGCGCACAACCCCACCGACCCUGUGGAGAUGAGACGCAUCAACUUCCAGACACCAGGUAUGAUGAGUCACCCGCUCAUCCCCAUCUCUGAGCUGCCUGAGCACACGGAGCGCUUGAAGGCCAACGACAACCUGCAUCUGUCGCAGGAGUACGAGUCGAUCGAUCCCGGGCAGCAGUUCACAUGGGAACACUCAAACCUGGAGGUCAACAAGCCGAAGAACCGCUACGCUAAUGUGAUCGCGUAUGACCACACGCGUGUGAUCCUCGCUCCGACAGACGGCAUUGUGGGUAGUGACUACAUCAAUGCCAACUACAUCGAUGGUUUCAGGAAGCAGAACGCAUAUAUCGCCACCCAGGGGCCGCUGCCGGAGACCUUCGGGGAUUUCUGGAGGAUGGUGUGGGAGCAGAGAGCUGCUUCAGUGGUCAUGAUGACCAAACUAGAGGAGAAAUCACGGAUCAAGUGUGAUCAGUACUGGCCCAGUCGCAGUACAGACACGUUCGGGGCGGUUCAGGUCGCUCUGCUGGAUACCAUGGAGCUGGCCACAUUCUGUGUGAGAACCUUCUCUCUGCACAAGAGCGGCUGUAAUGAGAGGAGAGAGGUGCGCCAGUUCCAGUUCACCGCUUGGCCCGACCACGGCGUUCCCGAAUAUCCCACUCCGUUCCUGGCCUUCCUCCGCAGGGUCAAAGUGUGUAACCCGCCAGACGCCGGCCCCGUCAUCGUCCACUGCAGCGCUGGCGUGGGCCGCACCGGCUGCUUCAUCGUGAUCGACGCCAUGCUGGAGCGCAUCCGUCACGAGCGGACGGUGGACGUGUACGGUCACGUGACCCUGAUGCGCUCGCAGAGGAACUACAUGGUGCAGACGGAGGAUCAGUACGGCUUCAUCCACGAGGCGCUGCUGGAGGCCGUGGCCUGCGGGAACACAGAGGUGGCGGCGCGCAGCCUGUGCUCCUACAUACAGAACCUGUCGCAGGUGGAGGCCGGAGAACACGUGACCGGCAUAGAGCUGGAGUUCAAGCGUCUGGCCAACAGUAAAGCGCACACCUCCAGGUUCGUCAGCGCUAAUCUGCCCUGCAACAAGUUCAAGAACCGGCUGGUGAACAUCAUGCCGUACGAAACCACCCGCGUGUGUCUGCAGCCAAUCAGAGGCCUGGAAGGGUCCGACUACAUCAACGCCAGCUUCAUCGACGGAUACAGGCAGCAGAGGGCGUAUAUUGCGACGCAGGGGCCGCUAGCGGAGACCACUGAGGACUUCUGGCGCACGCUGUGGGAACACAACUCCACCAUCGUGGUGAUGCUGACCAAACUGCGUGAGAUGGGACGGGAGAAGUGUCACCAGUACUGGCCAGCCGAGCGCUCGGCACGCUAUCAGUACUUUGUAGUGGAUCCCAUGGCAGAAUACAACAUGCCACAGUACAUCCUGAGAGAGUUCAAAGUCACCGACGCCAGGGACGGACAGUCCAGAACCGUCAGACAGUUCCAGUUCACCGAUUGGCCAGAACAAGGAGUUCCAAAGUCAGGGGAGGGUUUCAUUGAUUUCAUUGGACAGGUGCAUAAAACCAAGGAGCAGUUCGGUCAGGACGGACCAAUCACAGUCCACUGCAGUGCGGGUGUCGGGCGUACGGGUGUCUUCAUCACCCUCAGUAUCGUCCUGGAGCGGAUGCGUUACGAGGGCGCUGUGGACAUCUUCCAGACCGUCAAAAUGCUGCGCACACAACGACCAGCGAUGGUACAGACUGAGGAUGAGUAUCAGUUCAGCUAUCAGGCCGCUCUGGAGUACCUUGGAAGUUUUGAUCACUAUGCAACAUAAGAAGAAUGCCAACCUGUACAAAACCUUCCCCCCCAACAACCCCACAAACACCCGCAGAGGACCGACGACGACACGUGAAACAGGAGCUCCAGGAGACGCAAACAUUUACCUCAGUGUUCAAAUAUUGAUAUUAAUGUUGUGGUCGGCUUUUUAGAAAUAUUAAACUAUGGAUGAAGAUCUUCUUCAUAACAACAGGAAAAUAUUACAUGUACACAAUCUAUUUAAAGCAAAACAACAAGAAAAAAAGAAACUAUGAAAUCAAAAGCCUGGAUAAUUGCUGCACCCCUCAGUGGGAGUUUCUUCGAACUGUUUGCCAACGUCAGACGUGAAUGAGCGCGAGCCCGUCUGUGCCUGCUAGAGUCAUCGUUGCCAUCCCAAACAAACGCGUCGGCGCCGCAGAACGGAAGCAGAUCUACCUUCUGUGCCUAACGGAGCGACCGCAGCCAACGCCGUACAUUAGCACACGUGAUAUAAUCUCUGAUCCUCGGACGCUGUGCACGAGACGGACUGAACUCUGUGAAUACUGUAUUCGGUGUGUCUCUACAUGACUAUAUGCUGCUUACACCGUGUUUGGAGGCCGAGGGUGUUUUCGAGGCUUGAAUCUCAUAUGUGUAUCAUGUUCUUUUGCUCCUUUCUGCUGUGGCAUAAUGUACUCCGCUGUGUCUUUAUGGUGGGACGACGGAAGAGCCUCGGUUAUUGGGUUCACAGAUAAAUGCACGUUUUACAGGAAUCGUGAGAUUCAUUCCCCAGUAUUUCCAGCCACGCGUCAAACGCUAGAAAGAUCUUCUGAGAUGGUUGCAUUCUCCCUCGAUCAGAUGAACCCGACGAAACUCUUCCCGUCAUGUUUAGUUUAGCGCAGGCGUGAUGUUUAGGAGUAGCGCCGGAAGCGAGCCGGUUCUGAGAUCUCCACCUGAGACGUGAAGUGAGCCUUAUCGUUGUUGUCAAAUA